AUGCAGCUCACCUACCAAUCCAUUACCGCCUUCGUGGCCUUUGCGCUCUUCAACUGUGCUACUGCCGCACCGACUGCCGAGGCCGCAUCUGGUGCCGUGGCAUGGGCUGAUCCUUGGGACUGCCAUCGGUUCUAUGAAUGCCCCGCUGGUGGAACACCGGUCCUGAAGACUUGCGGUCCCGGCACCGCGUUCCAGGAAAAGACUAUGGUCUGUGACUACGAGCACUUGGUGGCUAGCUGCUGGCGUCACUAG